UGGUAUAAUUAGCGAUAAAAUCUGGUUCGUCGGUCAAAGGAAGUUGGCAAUACGUAACGACGCGAUCUGACUGAUUUCGUAUAAUUUGCCCUAUAAUUUCUGAUCGAUUCUAUUCGCCCAGUCGUGGAAAAGUUAUAAGCCGGAUCGUAAGCCAUGAUGCUGUUUGUUUUUGUCAUGAUUUUAAGCGGUGCUUGUUCUCAAAAGUUUGGCCCUUUUAAUGUGGCAGUGAGAGAAUUUGCAGCUUGCAAACACCAGGGAACCCACUUCCAAUUGUACGACACGAAAAUCGCAAUCGUCAAAAGGAACUCCCCUCUUGUGCUCAGCACCAAUUUUUCAAACAGCGCACCCAUCGACGAAUCUGUUGAGGUGUCUAUUGCAUCCGCCGUGUGGGGAAACGGAGGAUGGAAGGAGAAUUUCUGGACUCAGAAACUUGGGGGAUGGUGCUCCGCUUUACGCAUGUUCGUACCAGAUUUAUUAGAGAGGAUGCUUAAGGCAUUGGGCAGAAAAUCAUGCUCUAUACCGCCGGGGAAUCACACGCUCAACAAUUUCGACCUUAAACUGAACUUCAAUUUGCCGAUUGCUCCGUAUGGAAAGUACAAGGCGGAUAUCAAAUUGGGAAAUCGUAUCGCCCCGAAAUUUGGCUGCAUUAAUGCUGUUUACGAAAUUUUGCCAAAGAAAACAAAACAAAAAUUAAACUCAGUUUGGUUAGGUAAAGAAAAUUAAACAAGCAACCUGUGAAUUGUUUUGAAUUUCCAAUAUACGCACCAAAAUAAUGUG